UUUCGUAACCCUUGCUAUAUUGUCUCUGGUUGGGAUAAUUUCGUAAGAGAAAAAAAUACUGCAGAUUUUUGUGCUUCCUUUAUGGUCUGAUAAUCUUUUGUUGUGAUCAUCAGGGAUUUCGCGCCUUUCGUCGGUGGACUGGGAUUUAGUGUUUGAAACGCUGUUUUGGCAAGAUCAAGGAAUAUGACAUCUAGAGGGCAAACAGAGACUCAGAAAUUAAAGCAGAAUCUUGAAGAACAGCUUGAUCGCCUGGUUGCCCAGCUGUCUGAUUUGGAGGAAUGCAAGGAAGACUUAGACGAGGAUGAAUAUGAAGAAACUAAAAAAGAAACAGUGGAACAACUAAAAGAAUUCAAGGAAACCUUGGAAAAAUUUGCAGCUGGAAAUGUGACAUUAGUGGAUGAAAUAAGCAGUAUGCAAUUGGCAAUUCAAGCAGCUAUUAGUGAGGCUUUCAAGACUCCAGAGGUCAUUCGUUUGUUUGCAAAGAAACAACCCGGUCAACUAAGGCAGAGACUUGCAGAGAUGCAAAGAGAUCUCAAAACUGGUCACCUUAGUCAAGCAGCAUACACACAACAAGCAGUCGAGAUUCUAACAGCCCUGAAGAAACUUGGAGAGCAGCUUAAGCCUCAAGAAGCUGAAUUUCUGGCUGAGAAUACAAAUGCAGCAUUAAGCUCAUUUGAGAAAGUUUCAGAGAAAAUGGGAACUGGUGACAAGCUACUUAAGGUUGCUGGGUCACAAGUAGAAGAUGCACAGAAGUGAAUGGAGUCUUGGUUUUUGUAUUUUGUUCAGCAUGAUUUGAACUGCUGUCUUUAAGGCGGAGUGGAAACAUGCAAACAAUUUCUUACCAGUCUUUCU